CAAGCCCGCUUUCCCUCUGUGUCGCUUGUGUAUAGGAGGGUGGGGGGCCUGAGUUACCCACACUCUGGUUGUCUAACUGUUAAACCGCAUUUGAGCUCAUAUAAAUUGUCUCGGUUUGACUUGGCAGCAACCUUGCAGAAUGAACAGUUUUUGAGAAGAUUCUUGUUUCAAUCGGGUUAAGGGAGAUGUUGCAAUGAAGCAUGAUUCAGCUAGAGAGCACUUUGUUGCUGCAUUGUUGAGACUCGCCAGUAAGCGACCUCUCACCUUCACCAAACGCCUUCUCCCAAGGGCUUUUGAGGGGGUUCUUGAAUGAGCUGACGACAGCUCCACUCAGGUUUUCCGACUCUGUACAGACGAUGCUCUCCCAGGGCAUGAACGGCCAGGAAAUCACCAACUACGAAUUCUCGCUUUGGACGAAGAGUGGCCACCGGAGAGAUAUCCUUUGGAGUGCCACUGGACGACGUGACCGCCAUGGCAACAUCGUGGGCGUGAUUGGCAUUGGCCAUGACAUCACCGAGCUUCGCUCAGAAUCCAAGAUGUUGGCCAACUACGUGCGCAUUUGUGGCGCAGCGGUGUGGUCCUUGAAAGGCAACGCCAAGACCGGUGUGGUCACGGACAGCAAGACGAGGGAGAUCGAGCACUUGAUCUCGCAGCAAGCGCAGAUGGACAUUUGCGAUCCGCGCAUGGUCCUGUGGCGCGCAUCCUUCGUAUCAAUCCUGAAGACCAUGUGCCAAAACUUCUGGAUGAGAAGAAAAGGCUUCCAAGAAGGACAAGUACCUCCAGAGAAGUGCCAAGGCGCAAGCACUGAAAUUGUCACCACAGACUUCGGCUAUGAGUUCUGCUUUGAGGCUCCAAAUGGAAGCGUCAAAUGGUACAAGGUGCAAGGUCAUCUCAUCCAGGAAUGCACCUUGGGAAGCCAGUUCGAAGUCACGGGCUCUAUGCAGGAAGUCACAUCAAUGCUCAUUGACAAAGUCAUGGGCGACAGGUGGCAGAAAUGGUGGAGCCGUAUGUGCCACAUGGUCUUUGAUGCCACUCUGUUAGUUGACACGCAGGAAUAUCGAGUCCUCAAUGCCUGGGGUGAAGAGAAGGUCUUUGGCUGCAAGCUGCAGUCGCACCACCCGCUCUUGCAGCUCAUCAAGCCUGAAGAUACCGAUUCACUCAAGGAGGCCUUCAAUGAGGUCACCUUCAAAGGUUUCGAGCGGGGGCGCACCUUGCACCUGCUGCGGCCUGGGAAUCAGCGCGACACACCAGCGCAGUGCUUCCUGCUUUCCGCGGACCAAGAGAACCCCAACGAAUGCAUGAUGGGCAUUCGCAUGCAGGUGACCUGUUCCGAUGAGAAUGUCUCCGUGCUUUGGGAUGUGGCAAAGCCCAAUCCGGUCUUGACGUUGGAAGACUUGGCCCGGCUCAGGUCGGGCCUCAAGCGCUCGCACCGGCGGCCAAGCCGGAACCUCCGCAAUGACUUGCACGGUGAGUUCGAAGAUGACGACGAUGACGCGAGGUCUGUUUCUGACAUGUCUGACAGAGGUUCAGAGGCAGAGAAUUCCUUCGCAGAUGACAGCGAGAGCCGAUGCUCGAGUUCAGGGGCACAAAUCGAGAAGGUGUACCAAGAGCUGCAAGAGGUGGUUGUGAUGGGGUCCCCUACCGGACAGGGGAUGGACCCGCUUUUAGACCUGCAAGCCCAGAUUCAGGUGCAACAGGAAAUGCUGCUAUCUCAUCAACAACAGAUGAUGCAGUUGCAGCAUCAACUACAGGAUGCAUUCGGCAGAGCGGCUCGAGCAGAAGAAGAGAGGAGCAUUGCUUUGAGGCUGGCCGGAUCGCAGAAGAGUGAGUUGGUUGAUACAAAAGGUGUUGGACAGCCCUUCAAAUUUUCUGGUAAGAGCGACCAGGAUUUUUCAGAGUGGGUCUACAAGUUCAAGACCUUUGCGAAGGCCAAGUUUGGUGGAGAUGUUGAAGUUGUGUUGUCAUGGGCUGGCAAGCAGCGCAAGACCAUCGUCAAGGAGGCCCACUAUGGAGAGACGAAGGUGGUGACUUGGAAUGACGUGUUUGGCAGCGCUGCAGAUGACAUUGAGAAGAUCGACGACAUCGACAGUAUGUUGGAAGGUCUUGGAGCCUAUUUGACUUCAUUUACAACAGGUGAUGCCAACCGAGUGGUCCGCAAUUCAGGUACAGAUAGCCUUGAGGCCUGGAGGAGGUUGAUCAAUGAGUAUGACCCCACGAGCUCAAUGCGACGUGUUACAAUUUUGAGCAUGGUUCAAAACCCCAGCAAGUGCAAGUCGGUCGAAGAGUUGGGGAGUUCGCUUGAGCAUUGGUUGACCAAGAAGAAGCAAUAUGAGGAGUUCACCGACAAUGCAGACAAUCCUUGUGUUGUGUCGGACGACUCAUUGAUUGCCGGGCUUUACAGGUUGAUGCCAGAGUCGCUUGAGGAGACCUUCAUGCUCAGAGCAGACGAGUUCGGCGACUUCGAGAGCUUCUUUGAUAAGUUGAGCAGCUAUGCCACCACCAGGCAUUCCCUCAAUCUUAGUCGGAGGGAACUUGGAUCAAGCCGCAACAAAGGUCCCAAAGAUGAUCCUAUGGAGUUGGGAGCAUUGUCAAAGGGCGGCAAAGGCAAAGGUGGCAAGGCCGGCAACAACGCCAACAAGAUGACAUGCCACGCCUGCGGCAAGUUGGGGCACAAGGCAUCAGAGUGCCGAAGCAAAGGAGGAGGCAAGACAUCCAACAAAGGAGAUCCACUUAAGAGCAAGAGGAUGGACAACGUGCAGUGUUGGGCGUGCAUGAAGUAUGGCCACUAUGGAAAGGAUUGCUGGAGCAACACCGGCAAAGGCAAAGGCAAGAGUGGUCAGAAGGGGAAGUCAGAUGGAGGCUUCAAGAAGGGCAAAGGCAAAGGAGGCUCAGCAAAUUCAGUUGAAGAUGGACGCCAAGCAUCUCAGCAGCCAGAGAAGGAGCCGGAGCUGUCGCAUUUGGAUCUGUCGGCAAUUGGUGAUGGAGAAGGUGAGCGCUUUCAGGUCUACUCCCCACUUGGCCCAGAUGAGGAGCGAGAGGAGGACGCACUCUUUUCAGAGGUCGGAGGUGCAUCAGGAGACGCAGCGGCACCUGGUUCAGAGGCUGUUGAGGCUGAGCGUGAGGAUGCUGAGGAGGAGACAGUGGAGGCAUCCAGUCAGAGGCAGAGGAGGAGAGUUUUCACUGGUGUCCCAUCCAUCAGGGCGAGCCAGAGUCGAGAUCGUGCAGUCGGAGUUGAUUUCUCGAGGACGCCUGACUGGACACCAUCGAUCCCGCCUGGACUGACCCGCAGUGGAGACGACAGUCGAACAAGGAGUCGAUCUCGAGGAGGAGAACCAGCCCAAGGGUCAGCAUCAGUGCAUGAGGACGUGGACCACAACAGCAUGAACACCGAGAACGAGGAUGGAUCGCCCACCUAUCUUUGCAGUGUGGAGGGCGAAGAGUGGUUGAAGUUGAACUACGAUUCAGGAGCUGUUAGCACCGUGAUCCCCAUCGAGAUGGCCGUGGCCCAGGGCUUGCAGCUUCGACGUGUUGGGGACUACAGGGUGGCGAAUGGUGAAAAGAUCCCGAGGUAUGGCAGAGUGAGGGUGCCUUGCAUUGAUGAGCAAGGACAUCGACGUGGGUUCAAGGCAACGGUCACCCAUGUCCACAAGCCGCUUGGAUCUGCAGGUGAGUUCAGUGCCACUCACGACGCCUACAUCUUCGAAGAUGGAGGAUGGUUGAUCCCCAGGAACACUAGCAUGGCCCAAGCCAUGAGGGCCUUUCUUCAGCAGCUCAUUGAUGUCAAUGGUGAGCGCGGCAUGCUGAAGCUCUACAAGGAGGGCAAUUUGUACAACAUCUACCUCAAGCAGCGUGGUGACUUGCAGGAGUUGGGAACCUUAGAUUCCGACUCCGCCUCGUCGGGAAACGAGCGGCAGGCCGUGAGGGGUUGGGCAUUGGCGGAAGAGACCGUCGACUACAUGAACCCCAAAGAAUUUGAAGUUGGCUUGACGCCAAAGGCAAGACCGGCUGGAAUCCCUGAAGGGGCAUUUUUGGCCAUCCGCAAGGACUUCAACUGUUUCACUACAAGAGGCACCUGGCCUGAAGGACCCAAAUGGUCCCAGGUGUUCAGAAGGUUGAGCUACGAUGAGGAGACAGGUGAGCUCAUCUUCGAUGACAAGAUCCACGACUCCAUGUCCUUUGACGAGAUCCACAAGCAGUUCGAGCCAAUGGUGCACAAGAUGGAAACGCACUUCUGGUAUGUUCCGGAGGCAGUUGAUGGCAUCUUGGUGAGGAGCCCGACUAGGGUGAGGAACCCCACCAAGUCAGAGAUUGAAGAGCAUGAGGCCCAGAACCAUGCUGUUUACAGAAAUUGGUGUGAGGUGUGCAUCAAAGCUCGAUCGACAGGAACACCACAUCGCAAGAGGACAGAGGAGGAGAAAAAGGAGGAAGGACCCGCAGUGCACAGUGACUUCUACUUCAUGCAGUCGUCGCCGUUUUUGGCGAUGAAGUCGACACCAUCGGGCAUGUUGGGAGCUUUCGCACUGCCGGACAAGAGCAACAGCGGUUUCACACAGAGAGGCAUGGCCCGCUUCAUCACCGAGACAGGGCACAAGAGGCUGGUGCACAUGUCAGACAACGAACCUGCCUUGAUGGCUUUGAAGACAAGUGUUUCGGCAUCACUGCCGGACAUCGAGAUUGUGAACAAGAAUUCGCCUGUUGGAGAUCAUCAGGCCAAUGGAAGCAUUGAGGUGGCAAUCCGAAAGUUGAAGAGGCAGAUGAGGGCCUUGCGAUUGUCGCUUGAGAGAAAGCUGAACAUGAGCCUUCCUAAUGACCACCCGUUGACGUCCUGGAUUGCGAACUUUGCUGCAGAGUCGAUCAACGUGUACAGGAAGGACAGUUCUGGAAGCACAGCCUAUGAGCGAGCCCAUGGCAAGAAGUGGAACAAGCCUGCUCUAGAGUUUGGAGAGCUGGUUCACAUCCGUGAGGCCAAGGAGAAGGCUGGCAGGUUGGAUUGGGAACCGAUGUCGACCCCGGUUCGCUUUGUUGGCCACCAUGCGCGUACCAAUUCUGUGAUGGGGCUUUCUUCAGAAGGUUUGAAGAUUGGCUUGGCGGUGAAGCGGUUGCCCACCAACCAGAGAUGGAGCACAGAUGGCAUUGAGGAGUUGGCUGGAUUCCCUUGGGAUCUAGCAUCACGAACAGGUGUUCGAGAAGGAACGCAUCUUCGACCUGCGUUGCCUUCAGUUGGGCGUGCGAGGCUGGCACCACCAACGCCGGGCCUCCCGCCAGACGCACGAGCCUUUUACGUGCGCAAAGCCGACGUGGAACGUCAUGGUUUCACGGACAACUGCAAAGGUUGUACGGCCGUCAAGGCCGGAGCCCGUCCAGUGGCUCAUUCCGACGAAUGCCGUCGUCGGAUUGUUGCACUUGUCGACCCUCGCAGAGUCGAGUUGCAUGCAGACAGGGUCGCAUUGAGGUCAGAGCAGAAGGAGGAGGAGCUCAAGAAGAGAGCAGAUGCAGAGGCUGAGAGGUUGAGGAAAGGAGAGGAUGAGAGCAGUGCAGCACCUAAGAAGAAGGUGAGGAUCGAGGAGAAGUUUGAGAAGGAAGGGGCAAAGCGGAGUGAGCCGUCUAGCCCCGAGUCGCCUAGCAAGAGGUGGAAGUCCGUCGGACACAUGCAGUACAAGAGAGCAGCAGAGGUUGUAGUUGAGGAGCUCGAUCCAUCGGCAUCCAAAGCAGAGGAGGCUGAGGUUGUCGUUCCAAGUGAACCGCCAGUUGUGGCGGUGGGUGCAAGCGACACCACAAUAGAGCAGGUGCUUGCGAGAGGAGAGGCCGGUUCGUCUUUGGCAGCGGCUUCAGGUUCGACAGCAGCACACAAGAAACAGGAUCCAGCAAAUGACAUUUCCUACCUCGGCUUCGACUACGAGGAGGAGGUGAUGUCGGAGAAGAAGUGGAAGCGAGUCGAGUCGAUCGACUGCUUGAAGAGGAAGAUUGAGGCCAAGAAGCAAGAGCUUGGCGCAGUUGAUGUGGCGGAAGUGUUCAGCCCGCCAAGGUUCACAAGAGGAGCUUCGCAUUUGGGGCUCAAUGCUGGUUUCGCUGUUGACCUUGAGACAGGUUGGGAUUUAGACGUCUCCGACCACAUGAAGCAGCUCAAGGAGUUGAUCGAAGUGCAAGAUCCUUUCAUGCUCACAGGCAGUCCGCGCUGUGACCCUUUCAGUGUUUUGCAAAACCUCAACAAGUACUACCUCGACAAUGCCAAGAACAGAGAGGCUUUGGAGCGAGGAGAACGACAUCUUUGCUUGAGCAUUGAUUUGUAUGAGGAGCGUUGGAAGAAGGGCAAGUACUUUCUUCAUGAGCACCCCGUUGGAGCAAAGUCUUGGGAUCAUCCACGAAUGGUGAAGCUUCAGAAGCGUGCAGGAGUUUUCACUGUGGUCGGGCCUAUGUGUGCUUGGGGCAUGGGUCUGGAAGUUCCCAAGCAGGGUCGAGGGUUGGUGUACAAAGCAACCAAGUUCGUCACCAACUCCAAAGAAGUUGCAAGGUUGUUGGACAGGCAUUGCACAAACAGGACUGGUGGACCAUUGCAUCGUCACAUUUCGCUCAUUGGUGGAUUGGCUCAUCUUUGUGCCAAGUACCCGGACGAGCUGGUGUACACGGUCCUCCAGGGCAUCAAGAACCAGAUGAUGGUUGAUGAUUGUUUGAAUUCAAUUCAGGCAUACUCCAGUGGUCCUGAUCCUACAGAGCCGUUGUUCCCAGAGGAGUUUCAAGAGGAGGUUGAACAGUUUUAUGAUGACAUUUCAGGUGAACAGCUGCCACCGAAGUUGGUUCAGGAGGCGCGUGCAGAGGAGAUCGGAUGGAUCCACAAGAUUGGACUGUAUGACAAAGUUCCUAGAAGUCAAGCAGUUGCAAGUGGCAAACCAAUCCUACCGGUCCGGUGGGUAGAUGUCAACAAAGGAGACAAAGCUCAUUACAAGGUGAGGUCAAGAAUAGUUGGCAAGGAGCUGAAGGCGAAGACCAAGGAGGCGCUUCUAGCUCAUGAGUUGUUUUCGGCUACACCUCCAUGGGAGAUGGUGAAGGCAUUGUUUUCAUUGCUGGUCACCGACUUUGAGAAGCAGGACAAGGAGUUGGUCAUGGGAGAGCGUGCUGACAUCGCUGAGGCUGUGAAGCGAUUGGCGCAGGGCAUGGCAAAGCCCAGGUUGGCACAUUGGGAGAUGCUCAAGAGGCUUGCUCGCUACUUGCUCCAGUUUCCCAACGUCAGUUUGGUGUAUCACCAGCAGAAGAUGCCGGACUACAUCAGGAUUUCGGUGGACAGCGAUUUCGCUGGAGACAAAGUUGGCAGGAGAUCAACAACCGGAAUGGUGCAGUUCUUCGGUCGGCAUGUUUUGAAAGCAACAAGCAAUUUGCAGAGCGUGCUUGGCUUGAAUGUUUCGGAGGCAGAGUUCUACGCCUUGACGCACGGAGCUGCACAUGGUCUUGGAAUGCAGUCCUACUUCCUGGACAUCGGCAUCGAGUUAGGCAUUGUGCUCGAGAGCGAUUCGAGCAGCGCGAAAAGCUUUGCUUCGCGCCAGGGUUUAGGCAAGCAACGGCACGUGCAGGUCCGAUUCCUUUGGCUGCAGCAGUGCGUUGCGCGGCAUGAGCUGGUGGUGAAGAAGAUCGGAACACACUCUAACUGCUCCAACCCCUUCAACCUCUCACCCAAGAAGGGGCGCACUGGCGCGCACGCCUUCUUCCCAAGUCACGGUGCCAAGUAUGGGGGCAUGCCGGCGAGGCAAUUGGCUCCCGGAGCCCCUUUGCCGGUGCAGAGGAAGGCACGAGUGGGACCUCCCACGGUGAAGCUUCGAUGGUCGGGCCAAUCCUUCUCGGUGAACCUGGACGACUUUGCCUCGAUUAGCGAGCUGCGGGUGCACAUCCACCGAGUCACAGGUGUGCCGGCCAUUCGGCAGACUCUGAUCCUGGGCGGACGCAGGCAUCGAGUUAGGGGCCUUGGUCGCCUCAGGGCACCUCACUAUACAAAUGACUACAAGGUCGUCUCUCUCAACAUGAGAGGAAGCACAAACCGCGUGUUAAGUGGGAAGCACAGACUUACAGUUAGGGGGCUGCUUAAUUGA